UUUCAAUUUUGCCUAUUUUCUUCUCCUUGUCUUUCCAAUUUCAGAUUUGAUACUCUCCAUUUUUAUGCUUACGGAUACGAAAGGGGAAAUCUCGGAAAAUCAAAGGUUGAUCCAUGGCUGAUGUACAGUUGAAGAAUAGAGGCUACAUCUGGGCAGUUUCUGCUGGGUUCAACGCAGCUCUUGCCGCCAUCUCUGCAAAGUUCUUCUCAUCUCUGGUGAUUAAGUAUGGAUUAGUUGUGUUCUGCAAUGUGGUUAUGUGGGGAUGUUAUGUAAACAGCUUAAGAGCUCUCUCAUCGUUACAAGCCACAGUCACAAACUUUGCUGCUAAUUUCCUCUCUUCCGGUUUAGCUGGCCUCUUCCUGUUUCAGGAAUCCUUAUCAUUCCGUUGGUUUACGGGAGCUUUAUCGAUCACCAUUGGAGUUGUUAUCCUCAGUAAGUCAAGUGUUGAUAAGAAAGUUAGCUCGGAUUAAUUCAAGAACUUGUAUAAUGCAAGCGUUUAGAGAUGUUUUAAGUUGUUCUUAGUUAUGGAGUUAAAAGAUGUUUGUUAAUCUUUUACAUUAUGCAUUUUUUGUAUGCUUUCUCCUUAUUUCAUUCUUUCUCACGCACAAGCUUUUUGUUCGUACUGUAUAAUAGUUUUACUUAUUACAUAUACUUCAUAAAUGAGUUUAUCAUCAUCGUUCAAGAUUCGAUAAAUAUGCAAA